AUGGUUUCUGCUGAAACUCGAAAUGUAAAAGCAAGCAGGUCAACAAGAGCAUCAUACGGCGAUAACGCUGUAGCCUAUAUACAGUUGAGGCGGGAAGGAAACAUUUGCACUGUUAAGGGCAAAAUAAUCCCAGAGCACAAGGUACGUGGUAAAUACUACAACGUCUGUGCCAUUAUCGACGAAGUUAAUGAAGUCGUUGUAAGUUGUGAGUGCUCGACAUGUACAGCAUCUGAAGGUCACUGCAAACAUGCAGUAGCAUUCUUAUUUUGGCUACACAGAAGAAGUGAAGAGCCUUCAGUAACAUCACAGACAUGUUACUGGAAGUGCUCGGCACUGUCACGAGUGGGAAAAGAUGCUGCAACAGAUUUAGCAGCUCUGGUCAAUAAGCCAAUACCUCCACUAGCGAAAAGAAGUGGAGCAUUUUUAGCAGUUUUAUUGGCGAAAUGCCCUAGCGCAGAAGCAUAUCAAAAAACACCAGAUAUGUUUAUGGCAUAUGCUACAAACUUAAUGACAGUUGAACAUUGCCAGCAAAUUGAAAAAUUAACUAGAGGCCAAUCAAAUUGUUCCUUGCGGAAGGAGAUGAGAUUUGGACGGAUUACUGCUUCACGAAUUUAUGAAAGCAGUAAAUGUCAUACUCUGGAAGGAGUACUUACUGAGACUAUCAUGGGGGCAGUCAAGUUUAGUGGGACGAAAGCCACAAUUCGGGGCCAAAAUUUAGAAAAGGAACUAUUAAAACAAGUUGCCAAAAAACGCAAUAUCAAAAUUAAUCCCUCAGGUAUUAUUUUAAAACCUGAAUACCCCUUGUUGGGGGCUUCACCUGAUGGCAUUAGUAAGGACUAUGUCAUAGAAGUUAAAUGCCCCACAAAAGGAAGCACUGUGGCAAAUUAUGUAAAAAACUAG